AUGAGUCAAAGACAGUCAGUACCUCUUGUUGAGCUAAGGCAUAGUACACAAGGUCAAAUAGACGCUGUUAAAGAACUCGAACAACUCUUUUGUCUUGACAAGUCUACCUUGCUUAAAGUAGUCGAGUCCUUUCGACGUGAACUUGUGGCAGGUUUAGCAGACGACCGAUCGAGCGAUCUCAACAUGAUUCCCACCUAUGUCACAGGUUACCCGACAGGCGAUGAAAAAGGAACCUACCUUGCAUUAGAAAUAGCUGGUAUGGACAUUUAUGCCUGUCAAGUCAAAUUAAAAGGCGACAAUGGCAAAUUGGCCAUCAACCAAUAUCAGUAUAAAAUACCUCAAGAUUUAGCCAGCGGGGAUGAUUUUGCAGUGUUGAUUGACUAUGUGGUGGAAUGUAUAUCUGAUUUCUUGAUGCGAGUGGGAACACAAGAUUUGUUUGUCUAUCCAAUGGCUGUCUCAUUUGGGUUUGCUAUCAAACAGACACGCUUAGACACAGGGCGUAUCUUGUCAUUGGGUUAUGGUUUCAGUUACCCAAAUGGUGUGGGUGUUGAUAUUGUCGAGUUAAUGCAUGAACGUAUUCGUAUCAAGGGGCUGCCUAUCAAGAUUGUUGCCAUCGCGAAUGACUCUGUCUGUACUUUACUUGCUCAUGCUUAUCAACACCCAACAACGCGACUAGGCAUUGUCCAUAGUCUUGGUACCAAUUGUGCCUAUUACGAACCAGUAAAGAAUGUAACCAAGCUUAAAGAUCAAAGUGUGACACGAGAUACUGAUAUGAUUAUGAAUACAGAGUGGUGUAAUUUCGGUUCAUCACGACGUACUUUGCCAUGUACCUGGUUUGACAGGAAAUUAGCGCGAGAGUCUAUCAAUCCUCAGUUUCAUGUGUUUGAAAAGAUGACCACUGGCAUUUUCUUGGGUGAAUUGGUCCGUAAUAUCCUGAUCUAUCUUGUGGACCGAGACAUCUUGUUUCGUGGUGAGUCCUCAGAGAUUUUGAAUACGGCUCAUAGUUUCGAUACGAGUUACAUGUAUGUCUGUGAGGCGGAUGAUACAGACACUUUAGAAGAUACACGUAUUGUGUUGGAGGACAUGCUAGACUUAUCAAAAACCUCAGUGGGUGAUCGUGAAGUAGUAAAAAAGGUCUGUGAGUUAGUGGGUACUCGUGCAGCAGCAUUGGUAGGUGCUUCUAUUGCUGCUAUUGUACAACAUAUGACAGAGAAAGGCAUUGGUAUGAAUGAAGAAGGUUAUGCUAUCUGUAAGUGACAUAUAUAUAUAUAUAUACGUAAAGAUCAAAAGGGGCUUUUAUUGAAUUUGUUACAGCUAUUAGUGGUAGUAUAUAUGAAGACUAUCCUUCUUUUCAUCCCCGUGUCUGUAAGACCCUAAAAGACUUGAUUCCCGAAGAGAUUGCUAUGAAACUCUCGGUUGGUGUUGUCAAACAUUCUCGUAUUGUGGGUGCAGCCAUUGUGGCAAUGAUGGCCGAGAAAAUUGCUGCUAUGCAAUCCUAAACUUACUUUUAUACACUUAUCUUAUUUUUUUUUUUUUAAUUCUUUUAACGCUUAAUACCUCCUCUCUCUCUUUUUUUAUUGGAAUGUUUAUAUAUAAAAUCGAAUUGCAUACGGCUAAAUUAGGUGCCGAUGCACAUGAAUUGUAAUGCAUUGUAUUA